AUCAAUGAAUUUUGUUAAAUCCAUUUGUGAAUUUUACCUUCAUUGUGGUUCUAGUUCUAGCAUAACCAAUAACCACGAUUUAAAAUUAAAUACCAGGGUAGAGUUUUAUUUUAUAUCUAAGCAAUUAAACCAUUAGAUUUGAGAAAACUUGAAAAUAAACUUAGUUGUUAAGUAAGGUGAUGGUUAAUAAGUUUUUAUCAUAAAAGUUUCAAGAAUGUUACUUUGGCUUUCGAAGUAUUCGUUGUUACAUUAAAAUUCAUAUUUAUGUGUUAAAUAUUCUUUGUAUUAUUAAUUAAAUUGUCUCUAUUUAUAUGUCAAUAAUUAUUUGAAUUCUACGGUUUAGUUAAAAAUCAAGAUCAUUAGAAUAUUGUAAUGGAUCUAUUGUUCACUAAUCCCCUCUGAAAUGUCGAAGAGAAACAAUAUUAACUACAUUAAACCUAAGGAACCAUCUUUCAUUACAAAAUUAAAAGAAGAAAUUAACUAUAAAGAAGGACCUACAGUUGAUACAAAGAAAGUAGCUCUCCCAGCCAUUGAAAACGAAUCUUAUGAAGAUGAUUAUCCAACUGUGGUAGUGUUAAAAGAAGGAGACUUGACUGCCGAACAAGCAUUAAAAGAAAAACUUAAAAAAGAAGAAGAAGAAAAAACUAAGCCAGCUGAUUUGACAAAGCGCAUUAUUUUUAAACGCCCAGCUAAAAGUACACCUUCAUCUGAAGAAAAACAUAGAGUAAAUAAGAAAACAAAACGUUCCGAAAAGUUAGUUUUGUCAUUUGAUGACGAAGAAGAAGAUUUAUAAUAUAAGUUAUCUACUUGUUAUGAAA